AUGUCCAAAGAAAUCUCGUCCCCACGGCCCUACACCUCCGAAGCAGAAUGUCUUGAGUACCAUUCUCAACUAUUCAAAACUUUCGCCACCGGAAAGACCAAGAAUAUCAAAUGGCGGAAAUGGCAACUGAAGCAAAUGUGGUGGAUGCUCGUCGACAAUGAGAAAGCCAUCACGGAAGCACUAGCAGCUGACCUCGGGCGCCACGAGUUCGAGGCCCUGACAUCAGAUCUCAAUGGGCUGAAAACAGACAUCCUCGAGCAUCUUAACCACGUGGAAGAAUGGGCAGCCGAUGAGCCAGUGUCCUCAGCUGGAUUCCUUAUGGGAACGCUGGGGAAAGCACGCAUUCGAAAAGAGCCUCUUGGUGUCGUUUUGGUCAUCGGGGCUUGGAAUUUUCCAUUUCUGCUCACUUUGCAGCCUGUUAUUGCUGCUAUAACUGCCGGUUGCUGUGUCGUCGUGAAGCCGUCCGAGUUAUCAGUUGCUUCUCAGAACCUCAUGCAAGGUCUUGUAGGGCGGUAUCUCGACCCAGAAGCCAUUAGGCUCGUCACAGGUGGGCCACAGGAAACAACACGACUUCUCGAACUUAGGUUCAAUCACAUCUUCUUCACUGGUUCCACAAAGGUUGCGAAAUUCGUUGCUGCAGCUGCAGCGAAGCACCUCACCCCGACGGUUUUGGAGCUAGGCGGUCAGGGACCAGCGAUAGUGACAGCGAAAGCUGACAUCGAUCUUGCGGCUAAGCGUAUUGCAUACGUCAAGUUUCUUAACGCCGGGCAGAUCUGUCUCUCGGUCAAUCACGUUUUCGUCGAUCCGGAGGUUCAUGACGCUUUUGUGGAAAGGCUGCAUGAUUGGACUCGGCAAUUCUCUGGUGGAGAGGAGAGUCAUAUGUGCAAGAUUGUCAAUCAGCGCAACUUUGAGCGAUUGUCAGGCUUGUUGGAGAACACUUCGGGGGGUGUAUUUCAAGCUUCUGGAAAAGAAGGGGACAAUAGGUUGAGCCCGACUGUCGUUACUGACGUGACCAGAGAUGAUUCGCUUCUUAGUGAGGAGUUAUUCGGUCCCAUUUGUCCUGUUAUCAGAGCGACGUGUAAGGAUGCGGUUCGCCAGACCAAUAGUGGUCCUCAUCCUCUCGCAAUCUAUAUCUUCAGUUCAGAGCGGUCAGAGAUUGACUAUGUUCUGCAAAAUACCAUCUCAGGUGGCGUCACUAUAAACGAUGUCCUAAUGCACUAUGGCGUACCGGGCGCUCCAUUCGGUGGUGUAGGUGAUUCAGGCCAAGGCUACUAUCAUGGCAAAUACGGCUUCAUGGCAUUUACACAUCAAAGGACCAUCUUGGAAAUGCCGACUUGGAUGGAUAAGCUCAUGGCGUUUCGAUAUCCUCCUUUCUACAUGAAGAAUAUGAGCAACUUUGUGGUGAAGAACAACCUGGGCUUCCGACGAGGAGAGACGAUGGAGGAUCAGGUGGUCGGGGAUAGUCGAACAUGGGUCUGGGCAGGAAUUGGGAUCUUGAUCGCUUCUGCGAUUGGUGUUGCUUCGAAGAACCGAGAGAGUGUUCGUGGAAUAUUUCCGUAA